AUGUGGAAGAAUGUUCUCAUCGAAAAGGGGCCUCCAGAUAAAUCAGAGUUCGCAUUAGGGUCUGCCGUGGUCGAGGAGGAAGAGAGACGCGAUGUAUCGUCACAGUGCUGCCUUUGUGAAGAAGUAUUCAAAACCCAUGAAGAACUAAGUCAGCACUGUGGAAUUGAUCAUCUGAAUGACGGGGCCAUGGGAAGACCGCAAGACUACGUUUUUCACAAUGUAUCCUUCCAGAGCUCGGAGGACUUUGAAGUAGAUGGCGCUAUUAUGAUGUAUCACGAAUGUAUUCGAUCACGAUUGCACAUUCUAGAAUUUUCCACUGAUUACAUUAUACAAACAAUGAGAAAGGAUUACGAGUCCAAGGAAUGUAAGCUCUACUUUGUUACGAAGAAGGACCUCUGGAAUGUUAUGACAAAGUACAAGCUGACACCAGGGUUACGUGACAGAGAUGAUAUUACUUCACUUGUAUUGAGAGAGCAAGAACGAAACCCGAGUGACGAAAUACGUUUUUUCAAGAAGCAGGACGAACCGAGUGGAAAGGGUUUUGUUCUUGGUUAG